UCCGGUAUAAUCCGGAAAUCACAAUCGGCUGUUAGUAAUCUGCGCGCGCUCGCGUGUGUGUUUGUGCUGAGCUGGAACUUCUCUCGCGCUGGCUGGGCUCCGGAUUUUACUCCCAUCGGACCACCAGUUUAAUGAGACGAAGGCAACUCAUUUACAUGAACAGCAUCUUAUUAAGGAGAGAAACACCAGAAAUGAUGUCAGUGGAGCGGGUGCGGUGGUGUGACAGUGACGGAGAGUUUCCAGGAGAAAUGGUGAUGUUUAUGCAGUCAGUCGCUCUGAACACUGAUCUCUCCAUGGAGGACAUCGAGCUUCUCCACACUCAGAUCACUGCACUGAGGGAAGAGGUGGCUGAGCUACACCACAAAUUAUUAACACACCACCCAAAGGUGGAGCUACAACACCAGCAGGCGGUGUUGUGUCCUGGAAUGAAGACUGAACCGAAUCCUUUCCUAACGGAGCAGCAGGAAUAUCUCGCACUGAAACCGGAAUUCUGUUCAACUUCCGAGUGUAAAACUGAACCACAUCACACACACUUCCACCAUGAAGACCUACACACACUCACACGGGUGGAGGACCUGCAUGCUGUUUUUAAAAGUGAACCUGAGCCACUGGAAAUCUCACACACUACACACACACACACUACACACACUACACACACUGAUGAACACACACUACACACUCGCAGGAACUCGGACAUGAAACAUGUGGCUGAAGAACCGAGUCUGAAGAAGGAAGAACAUGAAGAUAAUUGUUGCAGAAUGAUGUCAGUGGAGCGGGUGCGGUGGUGUGACAGUGACGGAGAGUUUCCAGGAGAAAUGGUGAUGUUUAUGCAGUCAGUCGCUCUGAACACUGAUCUCUCCAUGGAGGACAUCGAGCUUCUCCACACUCAGAUCACUGCACUGAGGGAAGAGGUGGCUGAGCUACACCACAAAUUAUUAACACACCACCCAAAGGUGGAGCUACAACACCAGCAGGCGGUGUUGUGUCCUGGAAUGAAGACUGAACCGAAUCCGUUCCUAACGGAGCAGCAGGAAUAUCUCGCACUGAAACCGGAAUUCUGUUCAACUUCCGAGUGUAAAACUGAACCACAUCACACACACUUCCACCAUGAAGACCUACACACACUCACACGGGUGGAGGACCUGCAUGCUGUUUUUAAAAGUGAACCUGAGCCACUGGAAAUCUCACACACUACACACACACACACUACACACACUCGCAUUAAGAAGUGUUCAGUGCAGCUGGUGGAUUUCAGGAACUCGAACAUCAAACACGCGACCAAAGAACUGAAGAGCCUGAAGAAGGAAGAACAUGAAGAUAAUAAAACUGAUGGUUUGAACACUUCUGACCCCGCUGAUACGAGGAGCACAUCUAACAAAACAAGAGCGAAAGAUCUGGAACGUCACACCUCGAAGCUCAUCUGUGAGGAACUCUCGGAGAAGCCGUUCCGCUGCUCUCUCUGUGACAAGAGCUUCACUUUAGAGUUCAAUCUCCUCAAACACCAGAAGCUCCACGCUGGAGAGAAACCGUUCUGCUGCAAACGCUGCGGGAAAACCUUCACGCAGUUGUACAACCUGACAUCUCACCAGAGAACACACACCGGAGAAAAACCCUUCCUGUGCAGCCAGUGUGGAAAACGCUUCUCUCAAGCCUCCAAGCUGAAAACUCACGGCAGAAUCCACACGGGAGAAAAACCCUACGCGUGUCUGACCUGCGAGAAGCGCUUCUCCGAUUCUUCCACGCUUAACAAGCACCAGAGAACACACACCGGAGAGAAACCGUACAAGUGCAAGAAGUGUGGGAAGAGAUUCGGACAAUCGGCUCACCUCAUGAAGCAUUACAGAACACAUAAUCGCAAAUACAAAUGAUUGACACCUCCUCCAAAGCAAUUCACCUCCGCUCCGAGCCAGCUUGCAUAUUAAUCUUUAUCAUGGACAUGUAGCGUUCAAGAUGUGUUUCAUAACGAAACUUCAGGUUCCUGAACGGUUCUCCUGCUGAUACUGGUGCAGUGGGAUUUAUCCCUCACGCCCUCUCAAUCCGAAGAGCCUGAUGCAGCGGGGCUUUAGUCUGUCUAGCGCUCUCUGUACACAGCUGUCAUACUGAUAUCUCCACCACUUUCACCAGCACCUAAUUUCACUCCCCAAUCCACACAAGAAGACAUGCGUAGAGACUUAUUUUAUUUAGUCAGCCGAGCAGAACGAAUGGACGUGAGCGAAGAGUUGGGCACCGAUGGAACUUCCUGUACAUGAGUCAAAAAGUCUUUCCGGAGCUUACUCCCGAUCUCUAUAAUGUCAUAAACACCUCCAGAAUGACCUGUUAACAUCAGAAUCUGUUUAUUUACUGCGUAUACAGGACAUAAACACACAUUAACCCGACUUUGCAAAUCAAACAUCUAUAGAACAUACUGUAUAAGCGUACUACUUUACGGAUCUCCUCAGUGUAAUGUGUCAAACCUCCAACCUCAAGAAGCGGAAUACAGCAGUAAAGGACUGGUAAACACCUCGUGUAUCAUGGAGCGCUGUGUAAUUGUAUAUACGUGUAAUUAUCCGAGAUAAUCGGCUUUAUAAUGUUGAGAAAUGAAUUAAACAAGUGUACCAAGCGUCACUGUGGGAAAUGUGAAGUCUGCGUAUUUGAGUUGAGUUCAGGAUCAUGUCCUGUAGAUGAUGAGAUAUUCGGUCUUCACAAUUUUACAUUGAGGAAUGUUAUUCUGAAAUCGCUCCACAGAUUGUAGACGCAGUUUUUCGCAGAUUGGUGAACCUCUGUCCAUCUUUACCCCUGAAGGACUCCGCCUCUCUAAAAUCCUCUUUUUAUCCCCGAUCAUCUUACUGCUCUGUUCCCAGCUGUGUCUGUUUACUAACACUUACUUUUCCAGCCUUUUGUUGUCCCGUCCCAACUGUUUUUUCAAAUUCAAAAUGACCUUUUUUUUUUUUUUUUUUUUUUACUUAAAACGCUACAUUUCCUCAGUUUAAACAUGUUUUCUAUGUUCUAUUGUGAGUAACAUACAGGUUUAUGAGUUUUGCACAUCAUUGCGUUCUGUUUUUAUUUACAUUUACCCAGUGUUUUUGGAAAUGGUUCUAAAUGUAUAUUCAGCAUAAAAUAACACUAUUUCACAUA